GGAGAGCCCUCCUGGGGCGACCGCCCCAUCCCCAGACGGGCCCGCUCACCGGCUCCCAUUGGCCAUCGCCACUCCGCUCCGCCCGGCCGGGAGUCCUGGGCCGCCAGGAACCGGGCACCUGCGCGUGCAGCCGGGAGGUCUGCCUCCCAGCUUGCCCCCAGGAGCUAGGACUGCAGAGGGGCCCAUCAUGGUGGUCCCAGGACCCUUGGCUCUCUCACUGUUCCUGCCCAGCCUCACCCUGCUGGUGUCCCACCUCUGCAGCUCCCAGGAUGUCUCCAGUGAGCCCACCAGUGACCAGCAGCUGUGUGCUCGGAGGGAGCACCCCAUCGUGGCCUUUGAAGAUCUGAAGCCAUGGGUAUCUAACUUCACCUACCCUGGAGCCCGAGAUUUCUCCCAGCUCGCUCUGGAUCCCUCCAGGAACCAGCUCAUCGUGGGAGCCAGGAACUACCUCUUCAGACUCAGCCUUGCCAAUGUCUCCCUCCUUCAGGCCACAGAGUGGGCCUCCAAUGAGGACACGCGUCGCUCAUGCCAGAGCAAAGGGAAGACUGAGGAAGAGUGUCAGAACUAUGUGCGAGUGUUGAUUGUUGCAGGCCGGAAGGUGUUUAUGUGUGGCACCAAUGCCUUUUCUCCAGUGUGCUCCAGCAGACAGGUGGGCAACCUCAGCCGGACCAUCGAGAAGAUCAAUGGUGUGGCUCGCUGUCCCUAUGACCCGAGACACAACUCCACAGCUGUCAUCUCCUCCCAGGGAGAGCUUUACGCAGCCACAGUCAUUGACUUCUCAGGUCGGGACCCUGCCAUCUACCGUAGCCUGGGCAGUAGGCCACCACUCCGCACUGCCCAGUAUAACUCCAAGUGGCUCAACGAGCCAAACUUUGUGGCAGCCUAUGACAUCGGGCUAUUUGCAUACUUCUUCUUGCGGGAGAACGCGGUGGAGCAUGACUGUGGGCGCACAGUGUACUCUCGGGUGGCCCGUGUGUGCAAGAAUGACGUGGGAGGCCGCUUCCUGCUGGAGGACACCUGGACCACUUUCAUGAAGGCUCGGCUCAACUGCUCCCGCCCGGGCGAGGUCCCUUUCUACUACAAUGAGCUGCAGAGUGCCUUCCACCUGCCCGAGCAGGACCUCAUCUAUGGUGUCUUCACCACCAACGUAAACAGCAUUGCCGCUUCAGCUGUCUGCGCCUUCAACCUCAGUGCCAUCUCCCAGGCUUUCAACGGCCCAUUUCGUUAUCAGGAGAAUCCCAGGGCCACCUGGCUCCCCAUCGCCAACCCCAUCCCCAAUUUCCAGUGCGGCACCCUGCUGGAGACGGGCCCCAACGAGAACCUCACGGAGCGCAGCCUGCAGGACGCGCAGCGACUGUUCCUGAUGAGCGAGGCCGUGCAGCCGGUGACACCCGAGCCCUGCGUCACGCAGGACAGCGUGCGCUUCUCACACCUGGUCGUGGACCUGGUGCAGGCCAAGGACACGCUCUACCACGUGCUCUACAUCGGCACGGAAUCCGGCACCAUCCUCAAGGCGCUGUCCACCACCGGCCGCCACCUCCGCGGCUGCUACCUGGAGGAGCUGCACGUGCUGCCGCCCGCGCGCCGCGAGCCCCUGCGCAGCCUGCGCAUCCUGCACAGCGCGCGUGCGCUCUUCGUGGGGCUGAGCGAUGGCGUCCUGCGCGUCCCGCUGGAGAGGUGCGCUGCCUACCGCAGCCAGGGGACAUGCCUAGGAGCACGAGACCCAUACUGCGGCUGGGAUGGGAAGCAGCAGCGUUGCAGCUCGCUCGAGGACAGUACCAACAUGAGCCUCUGGACCCAGAACAUCACAGCCUGUCCCGUUCGGAAUGUGACCCGGGAUGGAGGCUUUGGCCCAUGGUCAUCAUGGCAACCAUGUGAGCACAUAGAUGGAGACAACUCAGGCUCUUGCCUGUGCCGAGCCAGAUCCUGUGACUCUCCCCGGCCCCGCUGUGGGGGCUUGGAGUGCAUGGGCCCAGCCAUCCACAUCGCCAACUGCUCCAGGAAUGGGGCGUGGGCCUCGUGGUCAUCGUGGGCCCAAUGCAGUACCUCCUGUGGGAUUGGCUUCCAGGUCCGCCAGCGAAGCUGCAGCAACCCUGUGCCCCGCCAUGGGGGCCGCAUCUGCGUGGGCAAGAGCAGGGAGGAGCGGUUCUGUAAUGAAAACACGCCUUGCCCGGUGCCCAUCUUCUGGGCCACAUGGGGUUCCUGGAGCAAGUGCAGCAGCAACUGUGGGGGCGGCGUGCAGUCUCGACGCCGGGCUUGUGAGAAUGGCAACUCGUGCCCGGGCUGCGGCGUGGAGUUCAAGACGUGCAACCCCGAGGGCUGCCCCGAGGUGCGGCGCAACACGCCCUGGACGCCCUGGCUGCCCGUGAACGUGACGCGCGGCGGCGCGCGGCAAGAGCAGCGCUUCCGCUUCACCUGCCGCGCGCCCCUGCCCGACCCCCACGGCCUGCAGUUUGGAAAGAGGAGGAUCGAGACCCGAACCUGCCCGCCGGACGGCUCGGGAGCCUGCGACACCGAUGGCCUGGUGGAGGAUCUCCUGCGCAGCGGCAGCACUUCCCCGCACACGCUGAACGGAGGCUGGGCCCCCUGGGGUCCCUGGUCGUCCUGCUCCCGGGACUGCGAACUGGGUUUCCGCGUCCGCAAGAGAACGUGCACCAACCCCGAACCCCGGAACGGGGGUCUGCCCUGCGUGGGCGACGCCGCCGACUAUCAGGACUGCAACCCACAGGCCUGCCCAGUGCGGGGUGCUUGGUCCUGCUGGACCGCGUGGUCCCAGUGCUCAGCCUCCUGCGGUGGGGGCCACUAUCAACGCACUCGUUCCUGCACCAGCCCGGCGCCCUCCCCAGGUGAGGACAUCUGUCUGGGGCUGCACACGGAGGAAGCAUUAUGUGCCACGCAGGCCUGCCCAGAAGGCUGGUCACCGUGGUCUGAGUGGGGUGUCUGCACUGAGGAUGGAACCCAAAGCCGGAGCCGGCACUGUGAGGAGCUCGUCCCUGGACCCGGGGCCUGUGCUGGCAACAGCAGCCAGAGCCGCCCCUGCCCAUACAGUGAGAUUCCUGUCAUCCUGCCUGCCUCCAGCGUAGAGGAGGCCACCAGCUGUGCAGGAUUCAAUCUUAUUCACCUGGUGGCCACAGGCAUCUCCUGCUUCCUUGGCUCUGGACUCCUGACCUUGGCAGUGUACCUGUCUUGCCAGCACUGCCAGCGCCAGUCUCAGGAGUCCACGGUUGUCCAUCCUGCCACCCCUAACCACCUGCACUAUAAGGGUGGAGGCACCCCUAAGAAUGAGAAGUACACACCCAUGGAGUUCAAGACCCUGAAUAAGAAUAAUCUGAUUCCUGACGACAGAGCCAACUUCUAUCCAUUGCAGCAGACCAAUGUAUACACAACCACCUACUACCCCAGCCCGCUGAACAAGCCCAGCUUUCGAUCCGAGGCCUCACCUGGACAGCGGUGCUUCCCCAACAGCUGAUCCCACCAUUCUGGGAUUGGGCUCCUUGCCUUCCCAAGGCACAGAGCAAUGAAGAUCGGACAGUGGAGUCACUUUGGUUUUCUCCCUCUGACAACUUGUUGCCUGGCUUAUUGCCAUCCCAUCGCCUCAGAGAGCUCUGGCCAGUGGUGACCAUGGGGGAGAGGGCUGACUUCAGGCUGGUACAUGGCUGUGGACCCAGUUUGGCCCAGGUCUCUCAUGGCCUCCUUGUGACCCACCAUCAGGCUGACCCUCCCCUGCCACACCUGAGCUGUGAACUUUCUGGGCCUGUGAGGAAUUGGAGAGUAGAGUUGACAGGAGGGCAGGCUCUUCGAUUGAGGUUGGAAAUGACUUCCAAGGGCACCACCAGCCAAAUCCACCCAUCUCUGGCUGAUCCCAAGAAAAGCCUGAGGUGGGUCCAGCUGGUCUCUGAUGGAACUAAAUAAAUGGCUCCGAAGCUCUGGAUUUCUGCCCAGAGAUGGACCAUUGUGGUGCUGAGCCAUGUGACAUAGGGGACUGAUGCUGAUCCAGGUUGUCCACCUCUUUCUAGCAAUCUUAUUUCACCCAAGGAAACUCCUCUAGUCAGAGGAAUUGAGUAUUGGGAACUGGAGAUGAGACUCAUUUUUUGCCAAGAAGCCCUUUCAUCUGGCCUGGAACAAACAUUAGCCUCACCCUCCAAAUGCUUGGAAGAUAACCCAGGAGGAAGGAAGGCUAAGACCAUAGGCGGCAGAGCCUGGCCUCCAUUUCUCAAUGGAGACCCUCUUCUAGUUGCUGCUCACCAGAGUUGUUGGCUGAGACCUCCUGCCUGGGAGAUUUUGCUGGCCCCUCAUCCAUUCAGGAACACACACACACACACACACACACACACACACACACACACACACACACACACACACCAUCUGCUGCAGCAACAGAAAGGAUGUUAAGCUGUGGCAUUAUUAAUUAAAGAUGAUAUCCAGUCUCUGAAUGUAACUGUCUUGAUGCAUAUGUGUGUGGGCCCCUCUUGGCACAAUCUCGUCCAUCAGAGCAACACCCUGAGGUAACAGAUGGUUUCGCAAGGUGGAGGAAAUGAUCCAAGUUGAGUCUGACUUUAAUAGAGGAUAUCAUUCCAUGUGUGAGUUUAUAUAUACAUGGAUGUACAUUUUGCCCUACUCACUUUUCAGAAAAGAAGUUGGGGAUAAAUAGAUUUGUAAGUGGGGGCACAAGGUACACCAAAGGCAACAUAGCAGGAGCGAUUUGUACCUGUUCCCAAAGCAAUGGUUCCUGGCAACAGCUUUAGGUUGAAGAUGGAGGAAUCUAGCAGAAGAGUAUUGAUGAGAGUAAUUUAUGAGAUAUUUUGGAUGCUGUUUAAUAAAACCAGAUUGAAAAAUG